AUGUUCAGAGAAUUAACGUUGUGUACACUUUUUUUAGUAAUCAAACAAGGCAGAUGUAUAGACUUUGGUGCUUCAUCGGAUGAAGGUCAUUUGAAAUAUAAGCAAAACCCAGCACCAGAUGGCCACAGAUGCGGUUUAUGCCCAACAUACAUGCAGAAGAUUUGUGCUUUUGACUUCGAUACGACUUCUACGUAUAUUUUUGACAAUCACUGCAUAAUGGACCUGUUCAACUGCCGACGAGGCACCAAUUUUCAACCGGUCGGAUACGACAAGUGCAUGUACUUCGGUAACUUCGCUUACGUUCACGGAUUCAAAUAUGAAGAUAUGGAUUACAACGAGGACAACGUCUUAGUUAUGGGCUCAAAGAAAAACAUUGAUUUUAUCAGUUAA